AGUGGGCGGCCGCCAGGCGGGCCGGAGGGUUCUGAGGAGACUUGUUUUCUGUUGGAAAGCUGCUCUGCUGGGGGCGAGGGGCCGCCCGCCCGCCAGCCAGCGCUCGGGUUCGCUCGCCAGCGCGCCCCCCUGCCGGCCAGCGGGGCCGGGUGCCCGCUUCUCCCGGGGAGACGGCAGCACCUUUUCUCCCCGCGCCCGCGCUUUCUCCAGCUUGGCUUCCACCGACUUUGCUAAUCUCCCGGACCGCAUCUGGACGCUCUGGCUCCGGAGCUGCACAAAGCUCAGAUUUCCUUCGGGGAAUUGAGGCAAGAGGGGCUUUUCGGGCCGAGUUCAGCAGAAUUGCGGGAUGGAAGUUAGCAAAUUUGGGCAACUUGCCUCUACUGCCCAGUCGACCUCAGCUCUCCCCUCCCCCGACACACGCCCACACACACACACCCACGCGCACACCCCUCUCCCUAUAAACGCGGGCUGGCGAGCCGCGCGCCGAGUCCCUGCUUCGCAGAGCACCGGACUUGGAGUCAGAGAGACCUGGCUGCGAAUCCCGGCUUCGCCACUUUCUAGCGCUGUGACCUUGGGCAAGUUACCGCACCUCUCCGAGCCUCUCUCACUCUUCUCCUAGCGGGGUUUUAGCACUGACCGCAGGCGGCUUGGCUAGGGGGUAGGAUCAGCCUGCGGCCGCAUCGGAUACUCAGCGGGCGCUCAGUAAGUGUUGAUCAGGCGCGGGAGUGGCCGCCGCCGGCGCCGGAGUGCGGACUCGCCGCGGAGGCCGACACCCCGUGCCCCUUCCUGCUUGUCCAUCCUGUCUCUACGAUCAGUUCCUGAUACAGCACUUGCGGGAACGGACGCUCAGGGCCCCGGUGGCCUGGGUGCUCGCGCCCGCCGUGCAAGGGAUGCUCCCGGCCGCCCCCGGUUCCGCGGCUCCAUCUGGGAUGCGGCGAGGAGGGCAGCCGAGCUGUCCGCAAACAACGGGCCUUUAGUUUUCAGGUGGCGAAACUGACUGGUCUGGUUAGAGCGCGUCCAAGCCAAGCCGCAGUGCUGUUUGGAUUUUUAAAUUUCUCCUUCUGAGUGAGAAAAUAGCAAUCGAGAUGGAACCAUCCGCACAACAGCUCCAGCUGGCAGCAUCACUUCCCGCCAAUUUAUCCAACUUCUGCCAAGGCUCUGAAAUGCCAACAACGUCGAGGCCUGCACUUGAUGUCAAGGGUGGCACCUCACCUGCGAAGGAGGAUGCCAACCAAGAGAUGAGUUCCGUGGCCUACUCCAACCUUGCGGUGAAAGAUCGCAAAGCAGUGGCCAUUCUGCACUACCCUGGGGUAGCUUCAAAUGGAACCAAGGCCAGUGGGGCUCCCACUAGUUCCUCGGGAUCUCCAAUAGGCUCUCCUACCACCACCCCUCCCACUAAACCCCCAUCCUUCAACCUGCACCCCGCCCCUCACUUGCUGGCUAGUAUGCAGCUGCAGAAACUUAAUAGCCAGUAUCAGGGGAUGGCUGCUGCCACUCUGGGCCAACCCGGGGAGGCAGGGCCCCUGCAAAACUGGGACUUUGGGGCCCAGGCGGGAGGGGCAGAAUCACUCUCUCCUUCUGCUGGUGCCCAGAGCCCUGCUAUCAUCGAUUCGGACCCAGUGGAUGAGGAAGUGCUGAUGUCGCUGGUGGUGGAACUGGGGUUGGACCGAGCCAAUGAGCUUCCAGAGCUGUGGCUGGGGCAGAAUGAGUUUGACUUCACUGCGGACUUUCCAUCUAGCUGCUAAUGCCAAGUGUCCCUAAAGAUGGAGGAAUAAAGCCACCAAUUCUGUUGUAAAUAAAAAUAAAGUUACUUACAAAGAGACGGGCCAA